AUGUUUGAAAGUUCUGAUAAAGAAAGUCCUGACCCCCUUGCCUUUGGUGGGGAUGAUACCGAAAGUGAAGAGGCCAGUGAAUAUGUUUGUUAUGAAGAUGAGAGUUCCCAGACAGAGGGUCUGGUAGAAGGUAUCAUAGAAAGUAGGAUGAUAGUCCAUGAUGGUGAGAUGGCUGGGCCAUCAGCUAUAGCUGAUAAGGUUCUAGCCUUGCCUCAUACACCGGAGGUGGGCUCGAGCAACCAAUCAUCACCAUCAGGGGCGCUGGGUUUAGCCGUUACUUCAGCUUCAAAAGGAGUAGAUAUACGGGUUGGUAUCCCUUUGGCUAGGCGGAAUACACUUACUGAGGUAAAAUUGGCCGAGCUUUGGACAGGUUAUUGUGUUCCACCCUACGUGGGCUUGAGGUUACCUAGUGUUGCGGAUGUAGUUAGAUAUCCUCCGGAAGGAUCAGUUAUAAUUUUCACGGAUAUGCACCAGCAUGGCCUCAGACUACCCUUUCAUCCUUGGGUACAGAUGAUGUUGGCCAAGCUGGGGUAUGCGCUGGGGCAAUAUAAUCCCAACUUUUGGCUUCUUCUGCAUGGAGUUUAUAUUGCUUGGCGGUUGGUUGGGUUGGAGAAGCCAACAUUUGAGCAGUUUAUGUAUCUAUACUUGAUCUCCAAGCAACAUGAAACCUUUGGCUGGGUACAAGCCAAUUGCCGAAAGGCAAAAGAGUAUUUUAUUGGGCAUAAGCCCAGUACGCAGAAGUCUUGGAGGAACAGAUGGUGCUUAGCCUAUGAUGAUUGGGAGUGUCCUCCAGGGAAGACCGUCUCCAGACACAUUCCAACUCACUUCCAGUCUAUAGGUUCGGUGAAGUGGGGACCGAUCUCCAAGGAGCUAGAAGACAAGGUUGAGAGGGUGAGGUCACUAUUGUCUGAGACCCAGCGCGAGUGCAAAAACCUAGUCACCCAGAAGAACUUGUACGAGUCCGGACUCUUGCAAGGGAUGGUAGGUAUCAUAAAGGGAAACACGAAGGUGGCUAUGGAUCUGGAUGAUCCCGAGAUGCAAAAACGGCUGAGGGAGUCUCGGGCCAAGAAGAUGGAGAAAGGAGAGAGCGCUGGAGGAAGCUCACCGGAGUGUGAUGGGAACAGGGCCGAGGCUUUCGAAGGGUAG